AUGAGGUGUUAGUGUAAUUAAAAUGAAGAUUUGUAUCGGGUAUUAGCUUCCUUUUAAAAUGUGGAUGAAUCAUCCUUCCAAGCCUUAAUAUAAAUUUUGAAAAGAGAGAAGAUUUAAGACUGUGUAGAGUUUCUCUCAUUCGAUAAAAUUCAAUAUUUAUAUGAAUAAGACAUUUAAUGUUUAGAAAAAAUAUCACUAAAUGAAAAGGAAAUGAAAUAUAAAGUUGGAAAAAAUGACAUGUACAAAAUCACAGAUGGUCUUAAAAAAUUGAAAGAUCAUGAUUUCAAUAAGCAAAAUUACUCAUUAGUAGAAUAUGAAGAAAGGAAAUAAGAACUUAUCACAAAAAUAUCAAAUGAUAAGAUUAUCGUUGAAUUAUUAAAGUUUUUAGUUCAUCUUACUGCGUUAGAUGAAAGAUACAUUUAGUGUGGAUCAAAUUCUCUUCAUUUAUUAGUUGAAAUGAAGGUUUAUUUGAGGGAAUAAUCUUUUGAGAAUAUUAGAAUUAGAAAUACUUCAAUAUAAGGAGCAAAUUUAGUCAGAUGUAACUUAAGUGGAUCUGAAUUUAACAAUGUUAUUAUUAGUGGAGUUAACUUAAAUCGCACAAAAUUAUUCAAUUGUAGGUGGACAAAUUUAGGUAUAAAUGAGGGAAUCAAGUUGCAUGGUAAUUGCGGGCGCGUCAAAUAAGUUUGCUUUUCUCCAGAUGGUAAGUUAAUAGCAUGUUGCAAUUAUGAUAAAUCAAUUCGAUUGUGGAAUUUUAAAACAGGAAAAAUACAGUCAGUAUUACAAGGAAAAAGUGAGGCUUUUUCAGUCUGCUUCUUUUCAAAUAGUAUAACCUUAGCUUCUUCCAAUCGAUUAUUUGUAUAUAUAUGGAAUCUUAAAACAGGGAAAUGUCUGUAAAAAUUAAAUUGUAGCAUUAAUUUGGCUAAUUCAGUCUGUUUCUCUUCUGAUGGUACUAGAUUAGCGUUUGGUACCAUUAAUAAUUCUAUCUUUUUAUGGGAUAUUAAGACAGGAUAAUAAAAAGCAGAAUUAUAUGCUCAUACUCGUUAAGUCACUUUACUCUGUUUUUCUCCGAGUGGUACCACAUUAGCAACUUGUAUUCAUGGCUUUAUCAAUUUGUGGGAUGUUAACACAGGAAAAUAAACAGCGAGAUUAGAUGAAUAUUGUCAUGAUGUCAAAACUGGCUGUUUCUCUCCAGAUGGUCAAACAUUAGCAUCUAGUAGUAAAGAUAAUUCAAUCCGGUUCUGGGAUGUUAAUACAGGAUAAUAAAAGGGAAAAUUAAAUGGUCAUACUCAAGNUAAUUAAAAUGAAGAUUUGUAUCGGGUAUUAGCUUCCUUUUAAAAUGUGGAUGAAUCAUCCUUCCAAGCCUUAAUAUAAAUUUUGAAAAGAGAGAAGAUUUAAGACUGUGUAGAGUUUCUCUCAUUCGAUAAAAUUCAAUAUUUAUAUGAAUAAGACAUUUAAUGUUUAGAAAAAAUAUCACUAAAUGAAAAGGAAAUGAAAUAUAAAGUUGGAAAAAAUGACAUGUACAAAAUCACAGAUGGUCUUAAAAAAUUGAAAGAUCAUGAUUUCAAUAAGCAAAAUUACUCAUUAGUAGAAUAUGAAGAAAGGAAAUAAGAACUUAUCACAAAAAUAUCAAAUGAUAAGAUUAUCGUUGAAUUAUUAAAGUUUUUAGUUCAUCUUACUGCGUUAGAUGAAAGAUACAUUUAGUGUGGAUCAAAUUCUCUUCAUUUAUUAGUUGAAAUGAAGGUUUAUUUGAGGGAAUAAUCUUUUGAGAAUAUUAGAAUUAGAAAUACUUCAAUAUAAGGAGCAAAUUUAGUCAGAUGUAACUUAAGUGGAUCUGAAUUUAACAAUGUUAUUAUUAGUGGAGUUAACUUAAAUCGCACAAAAUUAUUCAAUUGUAGGUGGACAAAUUUAGGUAUAAAUGAGGGAAUCAAGUUGCAUGGUAAUUGCGGGCGCGUCAAAUAAGUUUGCUUUUCUCCAGAUGGUAAGUUAAUAGCAUGUUGCAAUUAUGAUAAAUCAAUUCGAUUGUGGAAUUUUAAAACAGGAAAAAUACAGUCAGUAUUACAAGGAAAAAGUGAGGCUUUUUCAGUCUGCUUCUUUUCAAAUAGUAUAACCUUAGCUUCUUCCAAUCGAUUAUUUGUAUAUAUAUGGAAUCUUAAAACAGGGAAAUGUCUGUAAAAAUUAAAUUGUAGCAUUAAUUUGGCUAAUUCAGUCUGUUUCUCUUCUGAUGGUACUAGAUUAGCGUUUGGUACCAUUAAUAAUUCUAUCUUUUUAUGGGAUAUUAAGACAGGAUAAUAAAAAGCAGAAUUAUAUGCUCAUACUCGUUAAGUCACUUUACUCUGUUUUUCUCCGAGUGGUACCACAUUAGCAACUUGUAUUCAUGGCUUUAUCAAUUUGUGGGAUGUUAACACAGGAAAAUAAACAGCGAGAUUAGAUGAAUAUUGUCAUGAUGUCAAAACUGGCUGUUUCUCUCCAGAUGGUCAAACAUUAGCAUCUAGUAGUAAAGAUAAUUCAAUCCGGUUCUGGGAUGUUAAUACAGGAUAAUAAAAGGGAAAAUUAAAUGGUCAUACUCAAGAAGUUCGAUCAGUCUGUUUUUCCCCUGAUGGUACGACAUUAGCAUCUGGUAGUUAUGAUCAGACUAUUCUUUUAUGGGAUGUUAAGACAGGAAAAUAAAAAGCCAAAUUAUAUGGUCAUACGAAUUACAUUAAUUCAGUCUGUUUCUCUCCUGAUGGUACUACUUUAGCAUCUGGUAGUUAUGAUCAAUCUAUCCUUUUAUGGGAUAUUAAGACGGUAUCACAUUAAGCCAAAUAAGAUGGUCAUACUGGUUCUGUCAUGUAGGUCUGUUUCUCCCCUGAUGGUACCACAUUAGCAUCUUGUAGUAAAGAUAAGUCUAUUAGAAUAUGGGAUAUUAAAACAGGACAAGAAAAAGCCAAAUUAGUUAGUGAUACAGAUAGUAUUAAUUCAGUCUUUUUCUCGCCUGAUGGUACUAAAUUAGCAUCUGGAUGUAAAGAUAGCUCUAUCAGUAUAUGGGAUGUUAAAACGGGUCUAUAAAAAGCCAAACUACACGGUCACACAGAUAGUGUUAAUUCAAUCUGUUUCUCUCCUGAUGGAAAUACACUAGCAUCUGGUAGUGAUGAUAGGGCUAUAUUAUUAUGGGAUGUUAAGGUAGGAUUAUAAAAAGCCAUAUUAGAGGGUCAUUAAUAUUAGGUUUAUACAGUUUGUUUCUCUCCUGAUGGUACUACAAUAGCAUCUGGUAGUUAUGAUAAGUCUAUCCGAUUAUGGGAUGUUAAGACAGGGUCAUAAAAAGCCAAAUUAGACGGUCAUUAAUAUUUGGUUCAAUCAGUCUGUUUCUCUCCUGAUGGUACAACAUUGGCAUCUGGUAGUUUUGACAAUUCUGUCUGUUUAUGGGAUGUUAAAACAAUACAAUAAUAAUCCAAAUUAAUUGGUCAUACAAGUUAUGUUUAUUCAGUCUGCUUCUCUCCUGAUAAUACUUUAUUAGCAUCUGGUAGUUAUGAUUAUUCUAUUUGUUUAUGGGAUGUUAAAACAAGAUAAUAAUAAGCCAAAUUAAAUGGGCAUACAAGUUAUAUUUAUUCAGUCUGCUUCUCUCCUGAUAGUACUAUAUUAGCAUCUGGUAGUGUAGAUAAGUCCAUUCUCUUAUGGGAUAUAGAAACAGGAAAAGAUAUCUUUACUUCAAAUAAUAGUUAAGAUAUACUCCCACAAUUUUAACAUCCAAUUUUUAAAAAUAAUGUUCCUCAAGAAAUUAGUAUUUAUCUUCACUAAUUUUUAGCUACCUCUAAUAUUAUUACUAAUCUUAGAAUUACCAAUAAUCCCAAGUUAGUAGCCUAAAGAGCUUGUAUUCUGAAUGGAGAAUUUCUAAAUUAUAAAGGAGUAGAUUUACUAUAAUUAUUCAAAUCUAAAGGAAGUUUCACUUUACAAAGCAAAAUUGGAGCAUAAUAACAAUAAAAUUGA